AUGAGCACCGCAUGUCUUCAUUCGAUGAUGUCAUCGUCCGCGGCUGGAAAGACGAGAACGUCGUUUUCUUCAAACACGAGAAUUGCCUCGUCGUCUUCGAAAGGAAUUGAGACACGUCGUCGUCGUCAUCGCCGUCUUUCAGAAAAGAAUUACAAGACGACGACGACGCGGGCGGUGAUCAACGAAAGUUCUUCGAGCGAGCAAAACGAGGCGACGGUACCGGAGAAAGAUUCCUCGAAAACUUUGAAGGUCGCCGUGGAGAAGAAAACGGAAGGGGAGAAGAUUCAGGAUAUGCUCAAUAAACCGUACAAAUGGGGCUUCACCACAGACAUCGAAACCUUGACGAUUCCUAAAGGUCUAUCCGAAGAUACCGUUCGAUUAAUCAGCUCGAAGAAGAAUGAACCGGAGUGGAUGUUGGAAUUUCGGUUGAAAGCGUACCGAAAAUGGCUCACGAUGGAAGAGCCGGACUGGUCGGAUAACAAAUACCCGGAGAUUGAUUACCAGGCCGUGUCCUAUUAUUCGGCACCAAAAGUAUUAGAGAAGAAAGAAUCUUUAGAUGAAGUCGAUCCAGAACUGUUGAAAACGUUCGAUAAGCUGGGAAUACCUUUGAACGAACAGAAAAGAAUGACAAACGUUGCCGUAGAUGCCGUUUUUGAUUCCGUUUCUGUCGCGACGACAUUUAGAGCGGACUUGUUGAAAGCCGGCGUUAUCUUUUGUUCGAUAUCCGAGGCCAUCAAGGAGUACCCAGAGCUCAUAAAGAAAUAUCUCGGUUCUGUUGUCCCGGUGGGCGAUAACUACUUUUCGGCGUUGAAUGCCGCUGUUUUUUCAGACGGAUCUUUCUGCUACAUCCCCAAGGGUGUAAUCUCGCCGAUGGAGUUGUCUACGUACUUUCGCAUCAACGCCGAGUCCUCCGGACAAUUUGAAAGAACUUUGAUCGUAGCGGAAGACGAUUCAUACGUUUCGUAUCUCGAAGGUUGCACUGCUCCAGCAUACGACGAAAACCAGCUUCACGCUGCGGUUGUAGAAAUUUACGCGGGGAAAAACGCCGAAGUAAAGUACUCCACCGUUCAAAACUGGUACGCUGGCGACGAAAACGGAAAAGGAGGUAUCUAUAACUUUGUCACGAAACGCGGCUUGUGUAAAGGUGAUAACUCGAAAAUUUCUUGGACACAAGUUGAAACCGGUUCUUCCAUCACGUGGAAAUAUCCAUCCGUCGUACUCGCUGGAGAUAAUAGCAAGGGGGAGUUUUACUCCGUCGCGUUGACGAAUAACAAGCAGCAGGCUGACACGGGAUCGAAAAUGAUACAUGUCGGUAAGAAUACGAGAUCUAGAAUUGUUUCGAAAGGUAUUUCUGCUGGAAAGUCCAAAAACGUGUAUCGAGGUCUAGUCUCUGUUGGCCCCAACGCGACCGGCUCGAGAAACUAUUCACAAUGCGACUCUAUGUUGAUUGGGGACGAUGCCGGCGCGAAUACGUACCCAUACAUCCAAGUCAAGGAUCCUUCCUCUAGAGUCGAGCACGAAGCAUCUACUUCCAAAAUUGGUGAAGAUCAGUUGUUUUACUUUCAACAGCGCGGUAUUGAUCUCGAAUCUGCGGUUGGUGUGAUCAUUUCUGGCUUUUGCUCCGAAGUAUUUCAAGAGUUACCUCUCGAAUUCGCCGCCGAAGUCGAAGCGCUCAUGUCCUUGAAGUUAGAGAACGCGGUGGGAUAA